CAGCGGUUUGCCAGGAUUCGCGUCCUCUGGUGUCGAUGGCGAUCCAGCAGUCUUCCAUUUCCAUGUUGCUGCACUUGCUCACGCUGCUCGUGGCCGCGGCCGCUACGCUGCACCCGCGCCAUGGCAAGACGGCCGACUACACGCUGCCGCCAGUGUUCACGCCAGCCUACGUCAAGGACGUAGGUCUCAACGUCGCUUGCCACAAUGCCAGCGCCGGCUACGAGGCGACGCUGCGCCCCGGCAACUACACAUCCAACGGGUUCUUUGACUGCUUUCGGACGCGCGGCCAGAUCGACGCCUUCUUGACCACGCUCGAGGCGCAGAACCGGCGGCUACUGACGUCCCUGCCGCUGGCAACAUCGAUCCGCGGCGUGCCCAUCGUCGCGUACAAGCUCUCGAUACGUCGCAACUUUACGGCGCCGGCCAUCUACGUGCAGAGCAUGAUGCACGCGCGCGAGUGGGUCGCGGGCUCGUCCAACCUCUAUGCUCUGGCGUCGUUCCUUGACGAGCUGGCUGCCAACCGCACGCCGCCUGCACUCGCCAAGUACGACAUGUACUUUGUGCCCAUUGUCAACGUCGAUGGCUACGACAAGACGUGGUCGGGCGACGACUAUGGCGAGUCCCGCUACACGCGCAAGGACGCCCACCAAGUCGACUUAAACCGCAACUUUCCCACGCUCGCCUUCAACCACGACCACGAAAGCGUCGACUCGGAGGCGUACCCGGGCACGUCGCCGCUGAGCGAGCCCGAGUCCAAGGGCAUCGCAGACUUUAUCAGCGCCACUCCGAUGGACGGGUUCUUUGACAUCCACUCGUACUCGGCGCUCGUGCUCUAUCCGUUUGGCGAUACGACGGCGCCGCCCCGUGGCAACCGCUUCAAAGUGCUCUCGCAGAGUGUGGCCGACGCCCUCAACAACGCCACGGGGAUCACGUCGUACAAAGGGGCUCCGGCCUACGAGCUCUACCCUUGCUAUGGUACGUUCAUCGACUAUGCGUACCGGAAGUACGACAAGGCUGCGGUCACGAUUGAGAUUGCCGGCAGCGACUUUGUAGAGAAAGUCGACCGCAUUCGCCUGCACGGCGCAGCGAUCUACGCCGCCCAGAACGCGUUUGCCAACGGCCUCGAGGCGUUUAACAACGCACACGUAUAAGCUAAAGUAGUUUAUCACUGUC